AUGGUCGCCGGAUACUAUGCUCCCACAUUUGCCAAUUUCCUGGCCCCAACAGUGGAGUCUCGCCGCUGGUACAACGCACUUUGGCAACCGUUCCCAGUAAUUGUUCCUCUGCUGCAAGGCUCCCUGCGUCUUCUCGCUAAGAAGCGCUCCAAGCGACAAGAACCGCAACAACAAGCCCGCAAGAAUAUGCGUCACGUCCGCUACGCAUACACCACAUUUGCCCUAGUCUCCGGUCUCACAUUCGUUCAUGCUCGGUUCUCUGUGCCGGCAGCUGCCUCUUUUGCCAAGAUCUUUCUGCCUGGUCUCCGGGGCCAUCUGGAGCCAGUCACUUCGUUCGCUGCAGGUAUCGCCCGGUUUCUUCAGUACGAUGAAGUGAUCUCCACGGCUGGCGGCUUUGUUUAG